GAUUUCUUCAUCCUUUCCAGGAAACCCAUUUUGAAUGUCGCAGACCUGAAAGAGAUCCACUCAGAGAUAAACGUCAAAGUACCAGACCCAAUCAUUCUCAACAAUAGCCAUGAUGGAGUAGAUGUGCAAAAUUCCAGAAAACGGAAAAUGGAAGAUGGACUAGAUGAUGAUAACUGUCAAGAUGGCCCCAAGGUGUUUGUCAUGCCAGGGGGGAUGAUAAAGAGCAACGGCCAGCUGGUGGACCUGAUCGAAAGAGUCAAGCCAGAAAUAAGAACCCUCAUAGAGAAAUGCAACACGGUCAAAAUGUGGGUCCAGCUCUUAAUCCCCAGAAUAGAGGAUGGUAACAACUUUGGUGUAUCCAUCCAGGUAUUAUACUUUCCAAUAUGA